CGCACCACAGAGUGUUGAGGUGAUCCAUGGCAACAGCGGCUCUCCGACCAUCGCGUCCAUCGCACACCUCCAUGUAGUCGCGGAGCACCGAGGGGGACCAAUCCGGCUCGUCGCCUCCCGAUUUGGGCUCCAAGGUGACCGACGAGGGAGCCAGACGGAGGUGGUCCGACUUCUGGUGCACGUCGGCGGCAGGUGAAGCUGACUGUGCCCGCACCUCGGAGCGCUGAGGGCGGCCUCGCUCAGGAUGGUCUCCGCUAACAUCUCUGGAUCUUAAAAUUCAACACAUCACCGUUUUUUUUUUUUUUUUUAUAAAUCUUCUCUCAUCAGGAGCAACAUCAACAUGGAACAUUUGAACAAUUUGCUCGCUCACGUAAUGCGUCAAAUUUUUGGAUUGGUUUGAGUAACAAUCCGUGCUUUUUAGUGCACUCAAGUCUCUUUUUUGAAAAUUUCAAUCAUUAAAGCUCGCAUCUCCAUCAAGCAUCUGAAGCGUCGUCGUGAAGAUGGCGACUGGGUCGGGUUGGCAGCAAUAUUACUGCCCUGCCGGUCAAGGGAAAUAUACUUCAUCAUCUUCAUCAUCCUCCACGUCCUCUUCCUCCUUCCAGUCCGGCCUGGCCAUGGAAUAUACCCAAGACCUGCACCUGAAGAUGAGCAAGAAGAUCGCCCAGCUGACCAAGGUCAUCUACGCGCUCAACACCAAGAACGACGAACAUGAGGCGGCCAUCGCCACCUUGAAGGAGGCGCACGAGGAGGAAGUGCAGCAGAUCCUCUCAGAAACCAGGGAGAAGAUUUUACAGUUCAAAGGUAAGAUCAGCGACGAGAUCGACCUGAAGAGGCGGAUCCAAUCUCUGGAGGAGUCCAUGGAGCUGCACGAGAGGAUGAAGAGGCAGGCGCUAGCCGAGUUUGAGAAUUAUCGUCAGAGGGUGGAGGACCUCCAGCUGUGCACCGAGGCUCAGCACACGCAGCGUGUGGUGUCCAUGUCGCGGGAGGUGGAGGAGAUGCGGCGCUCCUUCGAGGAGAAGCUGCGCACUUUCAGCACGGCCCAGUCCCUGUUUGAGCAGGAGAAGAAGGCAGCGCUGGAAGAGCUGAAGGCCCAGCAUAGGCAGGAGAUCCAGGAACUCCUCCGCAGUCACCAGAGCCAGAACGCAGACUACAGCAAAGACCAAGAGAAACUGGGUCAGCUCCACAAAGCUGAGGUGGAUUCUCUGACGGAGCGUGUGGGGGAACUUAAACAGGACAAGAAGCGACUUGUGGACGAGUAUGAGGCCAAACUCGGCAAGGCUCAGUCAUUUUACGAGCGUGAGCUGGAGGCCAUGAAGCGAACGCAACAGCUGACCGCCGACAACCUGCUGGCGUGGAAGCGCACUGAGGCUGAGCUGCGGCGAGAGUUUCAGACACAGGAGGCGGCGCUCCAGAAGACACUAGGCAAGCUGAGGACCGAGCUGGCGCGCGUGAGCGAGGAGGCCCGCGAGAACCGUGAGAGGUCGCACAAGCUGCAGGCGUCGCUCUCCACCUCCGAGGGCGCAGUCAAGGAGUUAAGUAAGCAGCUGGACGAGGUGACCCAGAACUCAGAGAUAGUGGAGAUCCGUCAGAAGGAGGCCGAGUGCGAGCUAGAGGCGGCUAGGGACCGCGUUCAGCAGCAGGCCACCGAAAUCCUCCUCAAAGCCAGUCAAAUCAGCAGCCUGCAGGCCACCCAGAUGACCCAGGAGGCGGCCAUCCGUGACUUGGACAACGAGCGCAGCCGGCUCAGGGACAAGGUGCUAAGGACGGAGGAGGAGCGAGAGGCGCUGCAGAGCCAGAGCCAGGCCCAGGACGACAGACACAAGCAGCAGCUGAUGUCCCUCGAGAAGACACUCCGAGAGGAGAAGGCGUCCCACGAGAAAGACAUGGUCAGCCUGCGCACUCGCUACGAGGACGACAGCAACCAGCUAAAAGAGAACCAGACCCGGAUUCUAGACGACGUGAACAAGAAGCACAGAGUGACUCUGGAGAGCUUGCUCAGUAAUGCUGAGAAGGACAAGAAUCGCCUACUGGCUGACCUGGAGCAGCAGUUUGAACACGAGCGGCACGAGCUGGAGGAGCAGAAGUGUCUCCUCAAGCAGCAGCUGGAUCAGAUGAGGGAUGAAAUGACCUCCAGACUUAACGCUGCCAACCAGGAGGUGUGUCGGCUACAGGAACAGAUACAGCAGGGCGAGAAGGACAUGGGCACAGCGGAGGGACAGAUGUCCACUCUGAAGGAGGCGCAGGACAAGCUGCUGGAGGAGCUAGACGCCACCAGGGGUCGGCUGAGGGAGACCAGCAACCUGCUCACGGCACUGCAGGGAGAGCUGGAGAUCCAGAAGCGUCAACAUGAAGCCAAAGUGAUCACCACCAAAGAGGAGGAGAAGCAUAAGAUGGACAAAAUGGCUCUGGAGCUGGAGCUCAAAUGGACUGAGACUCUAAGGCAAGAAUGUAAGAAACUACGUGAGGAGCUGAGAGAGGACCACGAGGAGGACAAGGCCUCGGCUUUGAGCCAGCUGGCCCAGAGCAAAGAGCAGGAGCUGAGCAACGCCCGCGAGAGCUGGCAGAGGAAAGUGGACGACCUGCUAGAACAGAUCUCCUUACUGAAACAAAGUCUGGAAAUGCAGCUGUCACAGUCGCAGUCAUCGCUGCAGCAGCUGCAGCACCAGUUUAGCCAGGAGAGGGAGCACCUGCGUACGCAGCUGGACGAGCUGCAGACCGAGCACCAGCGGCGCCAGCAGCGUCUGCAGGAAGCCCAGUGCUGCGCCCUGCAAGACAUGGAGCACGCACGUCAGCAGGACAUCAAGGACCUGGAGGAGCGCCUCCGUCAUCAUCACCACGCUGAGCUCCAGUCCCUGAGAGAGGCUCACCGUCAGAGUGUGGAGACGCUCAAGCAGCAGUCCGAACAAGAGCUGCAAACGCUUCGCUUCGAGCUGGAGGACGAGGGCAAGGCCAUGCUGGCAUCCUUGAGGUCAGAGCUCAAUCACAUCCACGCGUCGGCAAUCGAGCACCUAAGACAAAACCAUCAGCAGGAAGUGGCAGCUGCCAAGGUUGAGCUGGACAAGACGGCGGAGAAGACCCGCCUUCAGGAGCGCGAGCUGCUUGGCCGCAUCGCCGAGCUCCAGGAGGAAGUGACGCGCAGGAAGAAUCACAUCGCUCAGCUGGACCAUCAAAUCCACACGCUCAACGAGAACAUCAGUAGCCUGACCAAGGAGCUGGAGCUCAAGGGCAAGGAGGUGCUGAAGAUACGCAGCGAGGCCAACCAACAGAUCAGGGCUCACGAGCAGGAGCUGCUAAAGCGUCACGAGAGGGAACUGUCCGAUCUGAACAUCGUGCACAGCAGGGAGACACAGAACAUGCUGUCGGACUUCAACAAGGCGCAGGAAGUCCUAAAAGACAAGAUCUCCGCCCUGCAGAUCCUGCUGGAAGGAACAGAGGACAAGUUCAGGAACAGGGAGAGUCGUCCUGAAGAUCUGCAGAUGAUUGCUGAGCUAAAGGAUAUGGUGUCUGAGAGGGAAUCUCUUGUAAAAAAGCUGGUGGAUGACAAAAAGUUCUACCAGCUGGAGCUUGUCAACCGGGAGACCAACUUCAACAAAGUGUUCAACGCCAGUCCCAACGUAGGAGUCAUCAACCCACUGAUCAAGCAAAAGCGAAAGAAUGAGAAAGCGGCGGCAAGCAGAUUCAGCAGCUCCGCCAGCUUCAGGGUUCUGGAGGCAGCCGGCUCAGGCGCGGCGGGCCCCGGAGGCGGGCAGCCGCCACCGCCGCCGCCGCCUCUGGCCCAGCUCGGCCGCCUCGAGCCCAUCCCCCACUCCCCCCUCCUCCUCCACCACCACCUCGAGCUCAACGCCAACAAACCUCUUCCCCCGCCGCCGACCCCUCCCACCGAACCCAAGAAAUUCACGAGCCCUCUUGAGACUAAGGAUGCCGCCAUCGACCUGCCAGACGCUCAGCGCCAGGAGUGGUUCGCUCAGUACUUUUCCUUUUGAUCGCCAACACUACAAACCUGCAGAAAUACACCAGGAUUUUCAGCAUGUCAGCCAAACUUUGAAGAAGACUUUAAAAAAGACAACAAUACCAUUGGAAUUAGCUAUACAAAAAAGGAACAAGAAUAAUGUUGAAAUUCUUUGUUUUCAAACUGUUAUUUCGGAAGAAAAAUCCAAUGUUUUUUGAAGUGAGCCAAACAAAGGCCGCCAUUCACUCAGCUUUGAUUUGAUUGUCCAUUGUCUCACUUUGUUUGAGUACAGUGACAAUGAUCACGUUAGGUUGGAUGUUUAGUUCAUUUUGUCAUCUCCACUCUCAUGCUGCUAAUUGCCAUUGUUUCUUUUGGACUCCGGUGAGACGUAGAUGUGCGUUCGUCCAGAAAACCUACGGUAGAGAUUGUCGUUGCUCUCUGUGCGUUAAAACGCGGCUUUGCUAGACCUGAGGGCGGCGUGACCUGACCUUACCUGACCCCCUCCCCGCCCCCCCUCGCCGGCCGCGGCGUUUAGGGGGGGACACCAUCUUUGUCAUGGUCGCUUAGAAGCCUCAGCAAAUGUUUUUUGGUAGACUCUGAAUAAAACCUUGUUUGUAUGGUCAUCUGUCUCAACACAGAUACAAUGAUGUCUCACCAAUUUUAAGAAUAAAAAUAGCAUUUUAUAUUUA